AUAGUAGGAUGAGAGGAGUAGAAUCAAGUCGGAUGGUACACGUCGAAUGUCAACACGGAUACGCAGUUCGUCUUGGUUUACCUUUACGUACGGAUGUCUUUAACGUUUCUCUAUUCCUUUCGUGCGUAGAUGUAUGUACGUAGAGGUAGCAAGAGGUCGUCGAUCAGAGGGGGAGUCGAUUGAAAAAAAAAUAGUGCGAUCGAAACGUCGCGUUGCGGUUCCAAGGCGACAAAGGCCAAGAGAAAGGGAGAUAGAGAAAAAUAUAGAAAGAAAGAAGGAAGGAAGGAAAGAAAGAAAGAAAAAGGAGUGGUCGUAUAUAGAUCUCAAAGUGGCACCGCGAGCGCAUCACGGACAAGGAAGAGAGAGGGGUAGUCGAGAGGAAAAGGGAGGAGGUUUAGGUCGAGAUCGAGGAUCGGCCGGCGGGUAAGUGUGAUGCUUCGAAGAAGAAGAAGAAGAAGAAGGAGGAGGAGGAGGAGGACCAGAGAAAGAGAGAGAGAGAGAGAAGGAGCAAGCUGGAGGUGGAGACGAAGCUGAGGGUGGUGAUGGAGGAGACGAUGGUGGAGAAGGAUGUAUGGGAGUAAGGGGAAAGGAAGCACUUAAAGAAUUAUCCGAACUCGCAGGAGGGAUGGGAUUCCUCGCCAACACGUGCACCAGUUCUCAGGCCAACACCUAAUACCUACUAAUACCGUGCCGUGUAUCUAUCUACCCUUUUACCGCUCUGACGCGAAUCCUACGAGGCCAGGACUACGGAAAGAUUUUUGUGAUGGAUUCGCGUCGAUAGUGUCGUCGAGUGAAGCUACGUCCAAAAGUCAUCUUCCUCGAGAGAAUGACGGAGAUCGGUUAAGAAUCGUUCGUAUCACGGCAAAGGGUGAUGUGGAGGAUGCAGGAGGGUAGAAUCGUGUCGCCUCUGGGACCGGUCGUCCUGCCUAGGGAGGAGGCGGACACGCGCGUUCCACUUUCGAUGCCUUCGCAGGAAAGGAGGCACGUGUUGCUGCACGUACGCACUGCCGAUCCUUUCCUCCGUUACGAAAACGUCAGGGGGCAACAACAAACGAGCACGGCCGGUCAACAGCAAGUACCUUCGUCCUCGCCUCCGCCGCAUCAACAGCCACCGAGCUCGCUUUCGAGUCCAAGCGUAACGACGAUCUCGCCGAUCUUGAGAGCAGUCGCGAGGACUACCGAAGAAUUGGACGGGUCCAGGAAUAUAGAUAGGAAGAACGACGUCGACAUUGAAAUGGAGGAGGAGGAGGAGGAGGAAGAAGAGGACCGGAAGGAACGGGAAGCCGACGAAGAGGACGACGACGAGGACAUGGAAGACGAUAGGAAAACGAUAGAGAGGAGAAACAGGAGUAUGGGAGAGGAAGAGGAGGAGGAGGAGGAGGAACAAGAGGAGGACGACGAAGACGAUAGCAGGGAAAACAGAGACGAGGAGGACGUGGAAGUUGACGUUUGCAGAGAGGAAGGUCCGGAAAGCAAUCCCAGCAGUCCGGUCGACUUAACGGCACCCUCGUCGAGGGGUACCGAUCAACAACUCUUCCUAAAUCCCUUUGGAACCCGCAUGACGCACAGUUUUUCUUGCGUUCAAGGAACUGGACCAGGUGGCGGACACCACGGUGGAGUUCAAAUGGCACCGCACAAUACGCCGUCGGUCUACAUCUCUGGUCACGUCGCCACUGGUUCCGCGGUAAUGACGAUUUGUUCCGGCGGAAACGCGAGCUCGCGAACCGCGACUGGAAAUAUAACGAGCACGACGGCGACCAACACCGUACCACCCACUACCAAGAGGUGCUUAGCAUUCUCGGUUGAAAACAUACUCGAUCCAAACAAAUUCACAGGCGGACGCGUUAUCCACAAUCGGGUGCAACACCAGCGCCAUCGUCGAUCUGGCAGCGUAAACGAAGACGGAGACUCCCGAGGCGAGUUUGCCUGUGGCAGCGGUCAAGAGGAUGAGGAGGGUACCGUGGAAACUGCGAUGGAAGAAACGGAAGAGGACGUGGAGGAGGACGACGAGGAGGAGGAUAUCGAGAUGAGAGUGGUCGAUCGUGAUUCCUCUAACGUAACUCGUGACGUUACGAAUCAAACCUCGAUUGGUCCUAACAACAACAACAACAACAACAACAACAACAACAAUAACAACAAUAACAACAACAAUAACAAUAACAACGGUACGUCGAACGGUUGCAAAAAGAGACAAUCCUCUUCCUCGUCCUCUUCAUCGUCCAGCAGCGUCCAAGUACAGAACUGUCAGAGUCAAAACGGUCAAGGACAAAACUCUCAAAACGGUUCGAGUAAUGGUGGGGGUAGUGGGGGUGGUAGUGGUGGUGGCGGUGGUGGUGGUGGUAGUGGUGGUGGUGGUGGUGGUGGUGGUGGUGGUGGUAGUACAGGUGGCAAACCAAGAAGAGCUAGGACUGCCUUUACGUACGAACAACUGGUAGCUCUGGAGAACAAAUUCAAAACUACGAGAUAUCUCUCGGUAUGCGAACGCCUCAAUUUAGCUCUGUCUUUAUCCCUGACCGAGACUCAGGUGAAGAUUUGGUUCCAAAAUCGACGGACCAAAUGGAAGAAACAAAAUCCUGGAUUGGACGUGAAUAGUCCAACGGUACCAACGACACCUCCUCAUCCGUCACCGUACGCACCAGCCUUCUUAUUUGCCGCUCAUCCUCAUCAACAUCCCUUACCGCACUCUCAUGCUCAUCCGCACCCACACUCGCACGCUCACGUUCAUCAUCCGUCGGCCGUGGCACCGCCACCACCUGGCUAUUAUCAUCAUCCAGCGGCACCACCAACGGCCUAUGCUCCUCCAGGAGCCACCUUCUUCGGACAUCACCUGCCUACGACGCCAACUGCCACGGCUUCUGCCUCGGCAUCGGCGGCAACUUCCACUCCUUCCUCUACCUCGGUCCUUGCCCUAUCCUCGCACACGCAUACACACGCGCAUCCUCAUCCCCAUGCGCAUCCGCACGCGUAGCGAACUCGAAAAUCCUGUUCCUCGAUCGAAUCUUAGGCUUCUUCUCGCUGCGAAGCCAAUUUUCUCACCUUUGUAAUAUAUUCCAUUUGUUUCAUUGAAAGAAGGAGGCGAGAGAGAGAGAGAGAGAGAGAGAGGACUGGAAAGUGAAAGUUUCGUGACGAAACAUGUCGUGAUUUUUUUUCGUCUCUUUUCUCUCUCCCCUCCCCCCCCCUCUCUCUCUCUCUCUCUCCUUUUCACCAUCGAAGGAGGGAAGUAGAUUCUAUCCCAAAGUUCGUAGCUUUAAGGUAUGCGUGUGAGCGAAUAGACGUACGAGUGCAUUUGAAUAUACGAAAGUGAAAAAGGGGGAGAGAGAGAGAGAGAGAGAGACUAUAUUGCGAGAGAGUAUGCAAGUGCAAAUACGCGAGAAAUCAAAAUGAAUUUAGCGAAAAACACACGGACACGCAGAGAGACACGAAAACAGAGACAUACACGUACGUACAUAAAUACAUACACAAAGUUGCUCGACCACACGGAAUACAAGACAAAUUUAUUGUGCUGAAAUUGUGCAAAAACGAACGGCGUGAGGCGCAACGAGCGUUCCUCUGUAAAAUAAAUGCCUACCAUACGUUACGCUCGUAAA